AUGGCGGCAAGCUAUGAGGUGCUCAAAACGCGGACCCGGAGUGACUACCCAUUUACUUUGGAGUACCGCACACGAUGGGCCGACAAUGACAUGUACCAACACAUGAACAACUCCAUCUAUAACUUUCUCUACGACUCAGUAAUCAACUCAUACCUCAUCGAGUUCUGCGACCUGAAGCCUGCCUCGUCGCCCCAGCACGGCAUGGUCGUGCACUCUCACAACGACUACUUUGGCUCCAUCAGCUUUCCCUCCGUAGCCGAGCUGUGCCUGCGCGUCAACAAGCUGGGCCGUACGAGCGUGACCUACGAGAUUGCCCUUUUUGAAAAGGGCGUUGACCGCGUCAGGUCCGUAGGCGAAUUUGUUCAGGUCUUUGUGGACAGGGCCACGGGCAGGCCUGCCGCUGCCGGCAUGAACGAGACUAUGCGAAGGGGUCUGGAGAGGAUCAUGGUCCAGGACGGGAAGCAAGUUUUGCCCGUCAAAAGUAAAUUAUAG